AUGAGCAUUGAGAACGAGUUAGUAUCAAAGUUUGGAGCAUCAGCCGACAAAGCUGAGGUAAUAUCCACCUUGCAGCACUACAUGAAAAUAUAUGAUUUGAGUGUGGAUGAAAUAUAUAUUAAGUGGGAGCAAUUUUCGUAUCAUAAUAAGGACAAAUAUGCUGUUAAUUCAUAUUCUGAUCAGAUCUUGCAAGAGUUCAAGGAUUAUAUCCAGCAACAAAUGGAAAAGAAGGUGAACACAUCCAUUGUGUUAAAUCCAUCCAUAAAUUCUUCAAUUAAAAAGCCAAAAAUGCUAAUUCCUAGUACAAAUUCUCCAUCCAUAUUUGGGCUUGGCAUACCAAAUACUCCUACUUUAAAAAAACGUAGAUUAGAAGCAGGCACUCCAACCGAGGCUUCCAAAGUCAGCCCAUCAGCGGCUAACAGCACAUCAAUACUGAAUACAUCGCCAUCAGUGACUACCCCAACAACGGCAACUCCGGCUAAUCUGAAAAAUGCAAGUGAACCAGAUAAAUGCUUAGUGACGCUAAAUGUUGAUAAUGUUGCUAAAGCUGAAGGGAUUGACUUCGAUAACGAUAGUAAGGUCAAGAUCUCUCCUUUCUAUGAUCCCAAGAAAUAUAAAUUCAGGACAAUGAGACAAAGUCUACUGGAUACUGCAGAUGUAUUAGACGAACAGAUAGAUAUUUUCAGCGAAAUUAUCCAAAAGCAUUAUAAUCUUAAACCAUCAGAUAUCGGCGACCCUACUUUCCAACAACAAUCAGAGGUUUAUACUGUUGGAAGGAUUGUGCCAGACUCUGUUAAUGCCGAGGGUCCGCUAAAUGUUGACUCUCUAGCUAUAGAAACAUCUAGAUCGACAGGCAUCGGUAGAAGAAUAAGGCUAAACUUCGAGAAGAUUCAAAACUUAUCAGUGUUUCCUGGUCAAAUCGUCGCACUCAAGGGGAAAAAUGCUAACGGAGAAUAUUUUGUAGUAGAGGAUAUUCUAAAGAUUCCGUAUUUGAACUCUCCUGUUUCGGACUCAGAAAUGCUUCAAGAUUCCCAGAUAACUUUGAACAAUCAGCCAAUGAAAGUUGUAGUGACGGCUGGCUCAUACACACCUGCCAAUAACCUAGACUUUUCCAACCUAGAACAUUUUGUGGACAGAAUCAAUACUUCCAUCAAACCGCACAUCCUAAUCAUGUUCGGUCCAUUUUUGGAUAUCACACAUCAACUAAUAUCCAGUGGUAAUAUACCUGAUUUCCCAAAUCUUAAACAACAGCCGAAAACCCUAGACGAAGUAUUUAUCAAGGUAAUAGCACCAAUACUGAAACGCAUAAAUCCCAAGAUUCAAGUUAUUUUGAUUCCUUCCACGAAAGAAGUCACUUCCAAACAUGCAGCGUACCCGCAGGAUUCAUUAGAUAGGAAAUACUUGAGUUUGCCUAAAAACUUCAAAUGCUUCACAAACCCAAGUACAUUCCAACUCAAUGAGAUCUUCUUUGGCUGUUCAAACAAUGAUAUUUACAAAGAUCUGAAAGAAGUCACUAAAGGUGGCAACGUUUUCCAGCGGAACAGAUUUGAUAGAGUCUCAGAACAUAUAUUGGAACAACGUCGUUAUUAUCCUGUUUUCCCUGGUGGUAUUCGAACCAGGAAAGUGGAAGGUAAGAAUGGUAAACCUGUUUUCGAACAUAUCGCCGGUGCAGAUCUCGAUCUUCCGUACCUGGGACUUACGGAAUUCAUCGGUGGAAUAAUUCCGGACGUCAUUCUGAUACCAAGCGAACUAACUCAUUUUGCAAGGGUUGUACAAAAUGUUAUCAUGUUAAAUCCUGGUUCGUUUAUUAGACCAAAUGGUGGCAGAGGAACUUAUAUUGAGAUGUCGAUUGAAGCUCCUGAUAUGGAGAAUGAAAAAAUGACUAAAGUCAAUGAUGUUUACUUGCAUAACCUGUGGAAACGUUCUAGAAUAGAUAUACUAACCGCCUGA